AUGGCCCUUUGGUUUUAAAACACACACGAAUGAAAUUUUAGAAAUAACUGAACAUGACUACGUUUGUUCUGCUAUGUGUUUGUUCAUUUCUGGCUGUUGGAACUUUGGCGUUUAAGCCGACCAUUGGUCAAGGAGAUGACCCCUCUAUGUACACUCACGAGAGUAUUACUCAGAAGGGAGUGGAUAGGGCGGCCGCCAAAUUUCUGAUAUCAAGUGGCAUACUGAACACUUCAACGACGGAUCCUCAAGACAUUGUCAAAGAAUAUUUUGGAUCGGACACCAACAGCUACGUAGACUACCAGCAGAGAAGACAGGAUUUCUCAGUAGCCGUAAUGAAUGUCUACAAGACCUACCAUACUAACCCUGACUACACUGUCAACUCUGAGAGGAUACAUGAAGCUCAUAAUCUUGUAAAGAUGACAAGAUUAGAGAUAGCGUCCAUCCUAUCAUCAGGACCGUUAAAUGAUGCGAAGAUGAACCUGUUGAUGGCUAAAGUGGGGAAGUGUUUAAUGAUCAUCCAGUCCUUCUACAGUAACACGAACUGGAUAGAGAUGAUGGUGAAUGGUGGAGAGACAUUUCUAAAUUUCGGAACCAUCGCCUCUUUCACUAUGAAUGUUGCCGCAUCUGGAACGGACACAUGUCGUAACUGUGACUACAGCAUGGCUAAUUCGUGUAACGACAACCUACUGGUCCACGAUCGUCUGACCAGUGGCUACCUGUAUGGUCAGCUAAACUAUCCUAAACCAGUAGCUAACUCUCUCGCUACUGAGGGUAAAUGCAGUCACGGUGGAGUGAAUGACUUGGGGAAGAACACAGCAGCAACAGGAGGGAUAAACAAGGAGACUCCGGAUUGGUCCUGGUCUCCGCAUGCGCAUUUACACAACAUCUCCGGACUGACGGCGGUCAGAGCGACGGAAGCGUUCUUUAUUGAUUCAACAUCGGGAGUACUAGGAGAUGCCGACCAGACCAUCAUGAAAGACAUAUUUAAACUGAACAAAGCACUGCAAGACAAAUCAAUGGGCUUUGUGAUUGACGUAACUGGAUCCAUGUCAGACGAUAUCAAAAGUGUUAAGAGAUCCUUGAUAUCCACGCUAUCAUCAGUGAUAGGAACGCCAAACGCACCAAGCAAUUAUGUCUUGUCCACCUUUAACGACCCCGCAAAUCUAACCACAGUAAACACUACGACCGACGGAGAUGAGAUGAUUCGGUGGAUAGAUGAACUGACUGUGUAUGGAGGAGGCGACUGUCCAGAAUACGCUAUGUCUGGGAUAUUAGCUGCUAUUGGCGCAUGCAAACCCAAUUCCAAUAUCUACAUUGCCACAGACGCCGAUGCCAAAGAUGAAUAUUUGACAAACACUACAAUUCAACAGGCGAACGCAAAACAUAUUAAACUGAAGUUCAUUUUGACAAGUACCUGUUAUUCAUCGAUUCGGCGCCGCAGAGAUAUACAAAAAAGAGGUCUCUCGGCGUUCCAGCAACUUGUUUCAAAUACCGGGGGAAGUGUAUUGAACAUCAACCAUAGCGACGUGACAUCAGUACUUGAUAAUGUUCUCAAGGAAGACUUUCCAUCUUCUGAAGCCAUUAUCGACUGUUUUGUCCAGACUACCUUAGAGGACGACACCAUGGAUAUAACUGUGGACAGUGACACAGCCGUCCUAGUCAUCACUAUCAAAGGACCUUACACUCUGUCUCAGGCGUCAUUGGCUCUACCUAAUGGAACGGUCCAAACAUUCCGGACGAAACAUGCUACUCAGUACUAUUCCAGCCAUACAGUAACCAUGUCGAUUCAGCGACCCUCUCCUGGUACUUGGAAAUUGACCCGAAUUGGUGGUGACACUUGGACUGUUAAUGUCACGGCCUCAACCUAUAUGUACAUCGACAGUCAGCUAAAAGAAACAGAUAAUUUCGGUAUAUCUUACGUAGUGGACCGUAACCCUAUCGUAGGUAAAAACUACACCCUGGAAGUCCUCGCUUACAAUCUGAACUCAUCAUCGUCAGCCUUUACAAUAAUCCUUGUAGACGAACAAGGGUCUAUCCUAUCAAACCAGCACCUGGAUCUUAUAUUCAGUUCUUCAAAAUCAUCUGGUUAUUUACCUAUUAAGAUACCAUCAAAGAACUUCUACGUGCAGCUCAGCGGUAUUGAUCCAAAUGGUUUCCAAUUCAAAAGAAUAUCUAGAAAUCUGAUCACACCUGUUGGUGUCGAUUUAAUUGUAAAACCAAUAAUAGGUAAUCUGGACAUAGGGACACCCCAUGAUAUAACAUAUACCAUACGGAACCUUGGGGAUUCAGCCCAGACCUAUACGGUCAGUAUCGUUGACGACAAGGGCAGAGUUCACAGCCCAACUACUCGUCAGCACAAGUUAGUCGCAGGUACUUCUGUAAGCGGACAUUUCCAGAUACUUAGUUCCGUCCAACUGGAAUAUGUGACGUACACCGUGAGUGUGAAACUACCGGGAUCUGGGUCGGUCCUCCAGUCCAGUACUUCUACAGCCAUGUUUACCGGAGCUCUCUGUUCCUCAUUGGUGACUAAAGCGUGCGCACUGGCAGACACCGGAAGUAACUGUUCGUUGGUCACAUGGUCGGCCACAGCUGUCUUUUCAUUUAACGUAUCAACUUACACCAGCGAUACAAACGUUCAGAUGACCAUUGACUCUACAGAUAGAAAACGUUUACACGUCAGUGGCACCUGCUGUCUAGACAACAUCACUGUUAGCGCCAAGCCAUCUACCGGAAAGGGAUGUGAAACGCUACAGCGCGUUAUCACCUUAGACGAAGAGUUUGUAGAUGGGAACAAGGGGAAUGGACCACACUCACAUCCGGUUCCAUCAACCAGCUCUAACACUUUGCUGAUUGUCGUUACCGUGGUACCCAUCACGACUGUCGCCGCCCUUGUGGGGUUUGCCAUACAUUACAAGGUCACCGCUAAGAAAAACAAAACAAAGACUACGGAUUCAAAGGAGAAGACCGACCAUUCUGCUGAUACAUGCAUUGACAGUACCAAACAAGAUCAGCUAAAUAACAAAAGUUUUUGAUAUAUUUCAAUAUUUUUGAAAUUAUAACAGUAGAUAUCCUACUUUAGCCUAAUGAAAUCUGAUUGUGUAAAGCUACACGGGCAAAAUGUCUUCAUGUCAAUUCUAGUCAAAUUCAGGACAAUUUCACGACAAUAUUUUCCGGUCAAAUUGACCCGAAAAGAACAUAUUGGUCUAUUAAUGUCAAGAAAUUCACCUGAAAUCGACCUAAAUUUGACCUGUAAUUGACAUUAAAUUAACAGAAGAAUUUUUUCACGUAAAUUUGAUCUGAAAUUGACCUCCAUUUCAGGUCAUUUUCAGGUCAAUUGCAGGUCAAAGUGACCUCAAGAAAUUUUACAUGUGUAGUAUUAUCAACAACCAGGUUACAUAUUUUGUAUCAAUUAUGCGCAUUUCAGAUAGAGACUUAAGAUGAAAACAAUAAAAUCCAAGGUUGUAUUAUUUGCAAAUUCAUUAAAUAAUGGUUAAUGUUUUUAUUUCUGCUUUUCUAUAAUUUACCUAAUGUGUCUCAUAUAUGAUAGAUUUGUUUGUUAUAUUUAUUACAUAAAUUUCUUUCCUUUAUAUCAUGUUCAUGUGAUUACUGUUCCUUAAAUAAAGGAAUAUAUAUGUCAGACAAAACAAAAGUAGAAUAUAUUAAAUGUGUUUUUGAACAUUAGUCUUGCUACAUAGUGUAAGUAUUGAUGCCAAACUUUACAAUUGUCACGUGCAAAAUCUCUUGAGACUGACUACGGAAAGUUAAAUAAAUAUUAGAAAAAUGACCAAAUAUCAAUUUUGUGAAAUUUCAAUAGAAUUUAUUAAAACAAAGUCGUAAUAAUUAUUCCGGGUUAUGCAUAUUCAAAGACACGAAUUUCUUGAUGAUACCGUCACAAAAACUAGUUCAUUAUAAUAACACAUUUAACAAAACAGUGCUGAUUGUUUGAUCAUGUGUGUGAUGUUCGUAUUAUUUUACUCUUUGAAAACACAUAACCCCCAAUAAACGAAUGAUUAUCAUAAUGUCAUUGUUUUGUGUAUGUACCUAAGAAUGCUGAUGAAAUAAUAUUUACAACACUGGCAUUCCGAACAUUUCUACCACACUGGCAGGUCAAAAGUCUUUCCGCACUUCUUAUUUUGUUAUAAUUGUUUUAAUCUUACCAUUUAAAUAUGUUUUCAAAGAAUUUCCCAUGGAUUUGAUAAUAGACUAAUUUUAGUAAACAGUCUGUGUGCUGAAAGGGUUGUUCAAAAGGUAAUUAGCUUAAUCACUUGAUUAGUGAAGAUAUUAUCUCUCCCACUUGAAAUCAUGUUUGUGUAUAUUCUCCAAAAUCAGCAGGUACAUUGUAUGAAGAGAUUGAUAGGUGUUAUAGUUUCAGAAAAUUUUGUCAAAUAAGUUUUACCAGAAAUUAUUUUAUCAGGAUUUUAAUAUUGUUGUUAAACUGUGAUUAGCCUAAUCACCUUUCGAACAAUUGUGCCCAGGUGGGUAAGGAAUACUGUAUAUAUUUUAUUAUUAUACUGUUAUUGAUUAAAAGAUAGUUUACCAAUAAAAAUAUUACCAAUAAA